AUUUAUGCAGAGCCGCUUAUGCAAGCUUGCAUAAAUACACGCGACAUUCUUCAAGCAAGCUUGUUCGGCUUAAAUUCAACAUCUUCAAUCCGCAAUUGAACGUCCUGCGUAUCGCCAAUUGAGCUAUGGCUGCGAGAAUGUUCCUGCGGCAGCGCGCUGCGCCCGUAGCUACUGGUGCCCUCAUCGCAGGUAUAGCUCUUUUCCCCAAGACCUCUCUCCAAGCAGAAGCUCCCGACUCAAGAAAACCCAUCUACGAUGACUUUGAGAGCACGCCAACCCCUCCUACCCCAACCCUCCCAUCCUCCGAACCAACCCGCACACCCACAAAAUCAACAUCACCAACACCCACCGACCGUCUCGCCGUCCAGAUCGGCAAGACAAGACUCUUCUUACAGGCUCACGUCGCAGCCGCCGAGGAAAAAGUAAACCAAUUCAUGGACUCCGCUCUCCACCUGGAAGAAAGCUUCACGAGCACAAUCGCCUCUUUAGCACCAUCCCCUCAAUCGGGCGAAAAACUGAUGCCAGGCUCCCUGUACGUGCUCGUCGCGGCCAUGACAGGUAGCAUUGUAUCCCGCAACCGGAAUAUAUUCCUGCGGGCGACGGUGCCGGUUGCGGUUGGGAUUGGGGCCGGGUGGGUCGUGUUGCCGGUCACGAUGCGGAAUGUUUCUGAUUUGAUUUGGAAAUAUGAGCAGAGGUUUCCGGCGGUGGCGGAUGGGCAUGUUAGGGCGAGGGAGGGGGUGGAGAGGGCGUGGAGGAUGGCGAGGAUUCAUACGCAGCAGGUGGUUAAUGUUGUGGAUGAGAAGGUUGGUGCUGCGAGGGGUGGGGUGGAGGAUUGGGUUAAGAAGGGGAAAUAAAGUAGAGUUUGGGGUGGGAGUGUACAACAAAUAGAGUUCCGUUUGCAUUGCGUCCCUAGUUGGGAGUCGACUUGGGCUUGACAUGCGGAUUGAUUGUUUUAUUACCACUAAAGCGACCAUUGGGUAUGGGUCUGUUUGUUCCCUAUUUCUCUCUUGCUUCGCUGAGAGUUAUGAUCUGUUCUUGCGAGAAGCAAAACCAGCUCGUAACUGUCCGGCCUCACUCACAACUGUCCCUUCCAGUCUAGUGAUUUUCCUUGAAAAGAUCAGCUGGUAUGGAACUUGGAUCUUCAUCACGGUCGAACCAGAUUCGGGAUA